AUGGCCCUUCCUACUACCACUAAACAAUUUAUUCUCCCAAAGCUCGGAUCCUAUGACUACUUGACCCUCUCACAGGGCGCGGUCAGGCCGCCGAAAGCCACUGAAGCUCUCAUCAGAGUACAUGCAGUAUCGUUGCAGUACCGUGAUUUGAUCAUCGCCAAGAAUCAAUAUCCGCUGGGCAAAAGUGCGGAGAACCUUGUACCAGGUUCUGACCUAGCGGGCGAAAUCGUUGCUGUUGGCGAAGAUGUCACUGCUUUCAAGGCUGGCGACCGUGUCUGCGCCAAUUUCUCUAUCAGGCAUCUCGACGGCGACCCAUCGCCAGAGACUAUGGGUGCUUCACUUGGAGGGUCUAUACACGGUGUCCUGACGCAGUACAUCACCCUGCCGGCCGAGGCGCUCGUUUCAAUCCCUGAGCAUCUAUCCUACGAGGAAGCGUCGACACUCCCCUGCGCCGCUUUGACGGCUUACAACGCCCUCCUGGGACCCGUCCCCGUCAAAGCUGGUGAUUUCGUCCUUGUCCAAGGGACCGGUGGUGUUUCGAUAUUCGGCCUGCAAUUUGCGGUAGCUUCCGGCGCAACCGUCAUCGCGACCUCGUCCUCCGACGAGAAACUCAAACUCGCGGGCGAGCUCGGUGCCAAACACCUCAUCAACUACAAAAAGAACCCGGAGUGGCAGGAGGAGGUCAAGAAAAUCACUGGUGGACGUGGCGUCGACCAUGUUAUCGAAGUCGGCGGACCCGGUACACUUCUGAAAUCUAUACAGUCAAUCAAGCAUGCAGGCUGGAUACACAUCAUCGGCUUCGUCGCAGGCGGUCAAGAUAGUAGCCUCGUAGGUCCUAUUAUAGGAACAGCUGCCAACCUCCGUGGUAUCCUCAUCGGCUCCGUCAGACAGUUCAAGGACAUGAAUCGACUGAUCGCAACACACAAUCUUCGACCGGUUAUCAACAAGGUUUUCCCCUUCGAACAAACGCCUGAAGCGUACAAGUAUUUGGAAUCGCAGGCGCAUGUUGGAAAAGUCGUCAUCAAAGUGUCAUGA